AUGGUCAGCAAGGACUCCGGUAGAUGCAUACUCACGACACCAGAGCAGGAAGUGGAGCCAGCUGCCUGCCUGGCCCUGGAGAUGAGAUAUGCCCUAGACCCUAACCGGCAGAUCAAAAAGCGGAACAAAGCCCUGCAGGUGCGCUUUAAGGAUAUCUGCGAGGCCCAGAAUGAGCAGAGGGACACACAGCUGUCUUCAGGGUCUCUGGGGGAGAAGCGAGAGGCCAAGGCUGUGUCCUGUAGGACGGCCUACCGUAAGUAUAUGACAGUGCCCGCACGCCGAUCUAUUCCCAAUGUCACCAAGAGCACGGGCGUGCAGACCUCACCAGACCUUCGCAAGUGUUACCAGACAUUCCCGCUGGACCGCAAGAAAGGCAGUCUCAAAGGCCUGCCAGCUGCAGAUGCCUUCAAAAACCAGAACAAUGGGUUUCUAGCAGGCUCAAAAGAGAGGAGCGAGGCUGGGUCCAUGGAGGAACCCGGGCCUUGCAGUGCGGGAAGGAUUCACAAGACCACAGCUUUGGUUUUCCAUUCCAACGAGCACGUGAAUGCCCUGGACCAACCUUCCGGGGUCAACUGUGCAGAGCUCUGCAAGACUCCAGACAUGCUUGGCUACCCUGAAGCUCUAGUGCAGAACUCUCGGCCUCCCUCCGAGGAGCCCAUCCACCAGCUGCAGGGGAGAGCUAAGCCGGACAGGGGCACCCUUGACUCAGAGGAGCCCACUCCGCUUACCCACGGAAGGGUAUUUAAAACAGAGGUUGCCACUGUGUACCCGCCUGCCGUCAGUACCAGGGCCCCUGAGCCUGGCUUGUCAAACUCGGCUGCUGCCAGCCAAUGGUCUCUCUGCCCUGCAGAUGAGGAGCAGAGGAGGGCUGCCCACCUCAACGGGCUGCAGGCCUCCGCAGGCUCUGCUCUGGCCUGCUCACCCCCAGUGCAGUGCCUGUCCCCAGAAUGUAGCGAACAGCCCCCGCAGAACCAGCCUAGCCCCACAGCUGGGGUGGGGGAUGAAGAACGCCAACAAAUUGUGCCUCAAACCGAAGUGGUAGACCUCAAGGCCCAGCUGCAGGUGAUGGAGAACUUAAUCAGCUCGAGCCAGGAGACCAUCAAAGUGCUGCUGGGAGUCAUUCAGGAGCUGGAGAAAGGAGAGGCCCACCGGGAAGGGCUUUCAUAUCGGACGGGGCAAGACACAGCUAAUUGUGACACGUGCAGGAACAGUGCAUGUAUUAUCUAUAGCGUGGAGCUGGAUUUUAAGCAACAGGAAGACAAACUCCAGCCUGUGCUGAGAAAACUGCACCCUGCCGAGGAAACUCAGGUCAUCCCUUCGCCUUACACUCAGGAGACUCACUCCUCCACACCCAAGCAAAAAUCCAAAACUGAGUCCAAAAAGCACGGAAGGUGGAAACUCUGGUUUCUUUAA